AUGUCAGCACCGACAGGCCCUCCACCACUACCCUCGAACCCGGAUGAGAAUGCUGGCCCCCAGAUCUUCGGCGCCGUAUUGUCGACGACCAUCCUCGCUUUUGUGGUUGCAAUGCCUAGGUUCUACGUCCGAGCCUUUAUGGUGAAAGCGUUGGGAUGGGAUGACUUAUUCAUGGCCAUUGCUUUGGCGCUUUCUAUAUCCACCACGGGCGUCAUUCUAGCCUCUGUGAAAUAUGGCGCAGGCCAGCACAUUGGUGACGUUGAGCAGCACAUCUUCAAGAGAGGGAUGAAACUGAACUUUGUUUCACAGCCCAUGUUGCAAUGGGGCGUCUGUAUCGUGAAGCUUUCCGUUGGCUGUGCUUUAUUGAGAAUUGCGACGAAAAAGCCGAUGAGAUGGACGAUCAUAGGUAUUAUGGUCUUCAUGAGUUUCUACACACUCGGCUCGAUGACCACACUAUUCACUCAGUGUAAACAAGUUGCCAUGCAAUGGGACCCUUCGAUUCCACGAGAUUGUUGGGCACCCGAGACCCUACAGGCGCUGGCUUUCACACAUGCGGCACUCAACAUCGCGACCGAUUUCAUCUUCGCUAUUGUCAUCCCGAUCCCGAUCUUGUGGGGUCUCCAAAUGAACAGAAGAACGAAGGCUGCCGUCAUGAUCAUGCUAUCGUUGGGUAUAUUCGUCUGCUUGGCAGGCAUUCUACGAGUUCCAACAAUCGUCAACUAUGGAAAAGCCGGAGAUUUCCUGUGGGACAGUCGAGGCCUAUCGAUCUGGUUCGUUGCGGAAUUCAACACCGGCAUCAUCGCCGGAAGCAUGCCUGCGCUCAAGCCUAUCUUCAAGUCCAUGCUCGACAGCGUUUACUUCAAGGGAAUUACCAACAGAUAUGGCUAUGCAAAAAAUUCCAGCAACCCGGCGGCUGGAAGCCACCAGCGUUCGUUCUCCAACAAAGUCUUUACCACUAACCGCGACAAGGAACGUUUGAGCUCGCACGAUCAGUUCCAUGACCUUGACGGCUCCGGCAGUCAGCGUGGCUUGGUUUUGGAGGACAAGCCCAUCCCACUCGGCACCAUCCAGAAGAAUGUCACCACCACCGUGACCCAGAUGGAUGAGCCGAACCCGUCGAAGAUGAGGAGACAUGCAUGGGAUGAUUGA